AUGGUGAUCAUGGAGAAGGCAAAAUGGAAGCUGUUCGGCCUACGAGACAUCUUCCGCGCAACUCCUAGCUGUCGAUCCCUUCCAGGAGAUGCUGCAUGGCCGAGUAUCACAGCGUGGUCGGCUCUCAACUCGACAAUUGGUGGUCGCCUGAUUGCCACAGUUCCUCAAGGUUCGCCUUGUCAUGCUCCGAAUUUCAACUCCGAGCAAUGCGAGAGUUUAGCGGAGCAAUGGGACUAUCCUUGGAUCCAUUCCCAGGAUCCUUCAGCGAUAGAUAUGCCGUGGUUCCAGAACGGCACCUGCGACCCUUUUCACCCAAUAGAGACGCCGUGCACGCUUGGGAAUCUCGUGUCCUACUCGAUCAAUGUCUCGUCUGCAAUGGAUGUGAUCGCUGGUCUAAAGUUCGCGCGGCAGAACAAUGUACGGAUCGCUAUCAAAAACACCGGCCAUGAUUUCAUCGGGAAGAGCACAGCCAAGGGUGGAUUAGGACUAUGGACGCACAACCUGAAUCAAAUUGAUAUUCUGUGGAACUAUACCAGCAGUGGCUAUAGUGGCCCAGCCAUGAAGAUGGGCGCAGGAACACAGGCGUAUCUUGCAUAUGAAGCGGCGCAUCAGGUUGGAUACCGAGUCAUAGGCGGAACCUGCCCUACGGUGGGCCUUGCCGGAGGCUACACACAGGGCGGUGGCCACUCUGCAUUAAGCUCACUCUAUGGUAUGAGUGCGGAUCAUGUUCUAGAGUGGGAGGUUGUUACUCCAGACGGGCAGCAUAUCGUGACCUCUCCCGAAAAACACGCUGACCUGCACUGGGCUAUCAGCGGCGGGGGACCUGGCACUUUCGGGGUGGUGAUCUCAAUGACGACCAAGAUGUUCAAAGACGGGACAACCAAUGGCGCAAGCCUGAGCUUCAACACAACUUCUGCCCCGGGAUCCACAUUCUGGUCAGCCAUCGAAGAAUUCCAAUCCCAUCUCGGGCCACUCGUCGAUAGCGGUAGCGUAGCGCUCUAUAGCAUAACCUCCACCACCUUCUUCGCCUACAUCGCAGCCCCAACUAUCAACACUACCAAGAUCUCCUCCUACCUCCAGCCCACAACCUCGUUGCUCUCCUCGCUCAACGCAACCUUCUCCCUCUCCAUCACCACUGACCCCUCCUACUUUGAUUACUUCUCCCGCUACUUUGGCCCCCUCCCCGCCGGUGUCUGGGACUCCUCCCACCUAAUCAGUAGUCGACUCAUCCCUCGCUCUGUGGUCCAAGCGAACAACUCCAUCGUCGCCUCCGCAUUCCAGAAUAUCACUGCAUCAGGGAUCUGGUCCCUCUCCGCAGUAGCCCUCAAUGUCUCGCACACCGUAGCAGGGAACGUCCCGGGCUCCAAUGCCGUACUUCCCGCAUGGCGCUCUGCUCUGUUACACACGAUCGUCUACUCCCCGUGGAACUGGACAGUACCGCAAUCGGUCAUGGUGGAGCGAGAAAAUUAUCUCACGAAUACCAUCAGCCCUCUGUUAGAGUCUUUCACGCCAGGCUCAGGGACGUAUUUGAAUGAGGCGAAUUUCGACCAGAUUGCGUGGCACGAACAGUUUUAUGGGGCGAAUUGGGACAGGUUGAGUGAUGUGAAAAAGAAGUAUGAUCCGGAGGGUCUGUUGUAUGCGCGUACGGCGGUAGGGAGUGAGGCAUGGGAGGAAGGGGAGGGGGGCAGAAUAUGUCGAAUUUAG